AAAUUUCAAGUCCAUUGCUAUUCCACUGAAAGAAGUAUUUUAUCGUUAUUUCUGUAUCAGUUUGUCAUUUUGACUAACUUCAAGAUUUAUGCAUAUAUGUAAAGUAUAUUGUAUUUAUUAAAAUAAAUAUAUCAUACAUAGUGCCAUAAAGUAUAACCAUAAAUAGUAAACAUGUAUAUCAUAAAAAGUAACAAACUUACCGGUGUAAUAUAUCCUAGAACGUCUCCUGUAAAUCGUCUACGAGUUGUAUUAGAGAAAUAAAAUCCUGAUUCUCGAAUAAUAUCAUGCGUCUUAGGAUUUUUUACCACCAAGAUUCGGCUAAAAACAUCUUGUUCUAUGGGACCUUUCUGCAUAACCGCAACAUGUAUGAAAUCGAACUUAAAUAAAUAUACCAUGCAAUCGUAAAAAGAUUUAUGAUACAAUUGUUUCUACCUUGAUUUCAAUCUUUCCUUUAUUUUUCUUAUUGUUUCUGUCUUUGGGUGGUGACAGCGUGCAUUCUGAUAGUUGAACGAAUAAUAAUGCACUAAUUAUUAAUAUACAAAUAUUCAUAAUAAUUAACUAUUUUUAGUACGAACUUAUUGAAUACACAAAUCACUCGAAUAUGAAUGAUACGUAUGGUACCAUUUAAAGGAUUUUAUUGAUGUUGUUAAUAGAAUGCGCUGCUGUCGAUCUACCGCACAUAAUCAUAUGCAUGCAUGUUCAUGCAUCUUGUGAAAUGGUUUGAAUAAAAUUAUAUAAUAUCAUACGUAUAUAAUAGAAAAUUCUUUGAUAAGUAGAUAUAUUCAUGCAUUGAUAUUAAAUUUUUAUCAAUUGUUAAACUUUAUAUUUAUUUUAUGAGUUUUGAUAUAAGACUUUUUUAAACUAAAAUAGUAACAACUACUUUUUUUUAUUAAAUAAAAAUAGAUUUCUAUGGAAUGACUGUUCAAUGUAUAACAAAUAGAAAAAAAUAAAAAUAAAAAUAAUUGGAAAUUGCUUUGAUUACUUUUCUUUUUUUUAAAAGUUGUAUUUUACCACGUGACUAGGUCACAUGAUAUGUGUUUUGAUGUAAUAUGGCGCCUUUAAUUGUCACAGUGCAAUAAAAUUUCUAGAAGGAUGUUAACUUUAUUUUAAAUGUAGAAUUUGAAACUCAACACAGAAUGCCAGUUGAUAUAAAUCGAUUAACGGAAGGUUGGCUAGAAUUGGAAAGUGACCCAGGUAUAAAAUAAUAGCCACAACAGUAUGUCAUUUUAAUAACUAUUAAUAUUAAAUUAUUUGCGUGUAUGCAUUAUCAGAUUACAGUAGUUUGUUUUAUGGUACUGUAUUUCAUGAUAAAAUUGCAUAUACAAUAUAAUUUUGGUUGAAAUAUCAUUUCAUCGUUUUGUAUAUUUGUAUACAGUCAAUGUAUGUAUAAUGUAUUUUAACUUUAUCACAGUUAAUCAAAACAUAUUUUUGCUAUUUCAUUAGACAUUUUUAGGUUAGAAAACUUAUAUUAGUGAGUAUAUUAAAAGAGUCAAUGUUAAUAAAUAUUUUAUAUUGUUAGGUUUAUUUACAUUGCUAUUGGAGGAUUUUGGAGUAAAAGGCGUACAAGUAGAAGAAAUAUAUGAUUUGCAAAAAUCAUUGGAGGGUCCAGUGUACGGUUUUAUAUUCCUGUUCCGUUGGAUAGAAGAAAGAAGGUCCAGACGUAAAGUUGUCGAGCAAGAUGAAAGUUUUGUAAAAGAUGAGGAAAUUGUUAACAAUAUAUUUUUUGCACAACAGGUUGUGCCCAACAGUUGUGCAACGCAUGCACUGCUCUCCGUAUUACUUAAUUGUCCAAAUAUUCAUUUGGGAACAACUUUAUCCAGAUUGAAAAUGCAUACAUCUGGUAUGUGUCCAGAAAAUAAAGGAUGGGCAAUUGGUAAUACACCUGAACUGGCUUGUGCUCAUAAUUCUCAUGCAAUGCCUCAAGCCAAAAGACGGCAAGAUAAAAAUACUGGAGUUUCAACUGGUAGGUUUACUGGAGAAGCUUUUCAUUUCGUUAGUUAUGUACCAAUUAAUGGCAGACUAUUCGAAUUGGAUGGUUUGAAACCAUACCCUAUGGAUCAUGGUCCGUGGAAAGAACACGAAGAGUGGACUGAACAAUUUAGAAGAGUAAUAACAGAUCGUUUAGGGAUGGCAACAGGAGAGCAAUUGCAAGACAUAAGAUUUAAUUUAAUGGCUGUUGUUCCUGAUCGAAGACUUGCUAUAUCACAUAAAUUAACUAUGUUGAAAACUAAUAGACAAAUAGUGUUAGAGGCAUUGCAACAACUUGUUAAACUAAGUCAUCAAGAUGGAACAGAGAAAAAUUCAAAUGAUUCGGAGAAAUUGGAUAAAUCCUAUGAAAAAAAAACCAAAACUGAGGAGGAAAAUGUCUUGUCUAGCAAAUCAGAAAUUGAUGAAUCUUCAUCAGUGCCAGCUAUUACAGUUGAAAGAAACAAUGAUUCUACCACAGAUACCGAGGAACCAGCUUCGAGUAUAACUUCUGGAAAGACUGAAUCAAAUGGUAUAGAGAAAGUAGUAAUGUGUGCACUGGAUUAUGCUACUCCUCUCAGAAUUCAAACUUCACCAGCACAUAGCUCGUCUAGUACUGACACAUCUUCCGAAAUUGGAUCUGCAUUUAAUUCUCCAACACAAGCAUGGGGAUGGAAUUCUGGGCAAAGCAGUCCAACAUCGACGAAAGAUUUCAAAAAGUUCGUCGUAAUUAGAGUGUCCGGGGAUGAAAAGAACGAAGCGGGUUUAAGUCGUUCUCUGGGCAACAUUAAUAUAAAUGGGAAAAGAUUAGUGUCUGACAGCGGACACUUACAUAAGAAAGUCUGUUUGUCGGGAGAAGUAAGAAUACCUCACGCCAGAGUAAAGACUAGCAACGGGGAUACCGUUACCGAAGAGAAGAAGGUGGAAAAAAUCGAUCCAAAAUUAUGUUCGAAAUAUCCGGAGCUAUUUGAACCUCAUACGUUUGCACCCAAAGAUCUUCUAGCAUUGUUGAAGAAUUUAGAGCACGAGAUCAGUAUCUGCGAGACCAGCUUGAAAGAUGAAAACGACAAAAGGAACAAGUACAAGAUUGACGAUUGUCGCAGAACGCAUAACUACGACGAGUUUAUAUGCACUUUCCUUUCGAUGCUUGCUCAACAAGGCAAAUUAGCGGAAUUGGUCCAACAACACUUGACCUUAAAGAAACACACUUCCGUGUCAGUGAACAGAGUUCAUAGAUCCUCGAAGAAGACUGACACUCGUCCAAAUUCAUCGCGCAGACGCCGAGGUAGAACCAAGUGUAAAAAACGGAAAUAAUCGUCAUAAUUGAAUCGAGAUGAUAAUAAUGAAGCUGUUGCUGGACAUAUUGAAAUGCUAAUUAAAAAAAAUUUUGAAAUCGUCUUUGGGACGUCCCAAUUUCAGGACGACAAGCGUGUAAUUAUACGAUUGUUGAAACAAAAUGCAUGCGUGGGUUGUAUCACUCUUGACAACAUUUAUCUACGCAGAAUCGACAAUGCUGACUAUUGGUACUUUGUGGUACUUCUUUUACUUUCUUACUUAAUGUAAAUGUCUUGUAGAUAAAUUUGUAGCAGUCAGCAGUACUGACUAUAAUUUUCAUCCUUUUGUCAUUUAAAAUUUACUUCUAAUUUAAUUCACGAUCUAGUAGUUAUGCUUUACAAUUAUACAAAUUAACUUUAUGAUAUAUUUUUUUUUUUCACAUUGUGUGGUCUUUAUUGUCACGUUAUAUUCAUAGAUACUAUGAGUACAUUUUGGUAACUUUUUAUCUCUACAGCUAUUGUUUCAUAAAUGAAAUAUAUGGUUUCAUAGAUACACUGUUCUUCAUUUCGUGUAUUAUUUCAUGUAUCAUGCUCGUCUUAAAUUGCUGUUUUAGUGAGAGGAUUAGGAACGAUGGCGAAGAGAACAGUCACGAGUAUUGUCAAAAACAUUGAAAAUAUUUAUUUCGGUAUUCAUAUACAAGUACACUACACGCUGUGGAUAUGUCCCUUAGAUCUAAAUACUUAUAUCUCCGUACAGCCGGAGAAAGAAGGAUCAAAACUCGUCUUGGAAUCAUGUUUAAUCGUGGACAACGGCCGACCGUGUCUCUAAGUCGCUUUACCAUACUGUAUAGGAACUGUAUUCGAAACGUCCUCAAAGAAGCUAUUUCAAGGGUGCAAGUGUACAAGAGGAGAUAACGAUAGUUUAAUAAAAUUCUUAUUAGUUCCUUCUCCGGCCGAUGCUCGUUAACGCCUUCGAUAUCUGCGCCACAGUUUCAUCGGCACGAGUAGCGUGCUUUUUGGCAA